GUUACAUUCGCUCCUGGAUUCCUCAGACCUUCCUUGAACGGAGGAUAGCUGUUCUGGGUACGGUGCGGAGCGAAAACAAAGGUACGUAUUGGAUGGUGAAUUCAAUGAAGCCGUUCUGGAUGUGGACGGUGUCAUUCAUACAGCUUCGCCCGCCAUAUUGACUGCCGUCAAUCCAGGAGAGGAUAUUGGACCGCCCAUGAAGGGUACGCUUGGCUUACUGACCAGCGUCGCCAAGCGCGUGGUCGUCACAUCGCACCGCAUCUUCCACUUCCCUGAGGCGGACUGGAACAGGCAAGCAGUCAAGGAAGUCGAAGAGAAAGGAAGUAAUGCCUCUUUUGCCACAAAGUAUUGUGCGUCUAAGACUCUGGCGGAGAAAGCUGCCUGGGAUUUCUUUAAUGAGAUAAAAGGCACAUUACCUUGGGGCCUCACGGUUAUAAAGCCACCGAACCCGGACAUGAGUGCCGAUGACAUGGCAUCCAAAGGGCACUGCUGGUUCUAUGUGCGUGUUUUGGCGGAGGCACACGUUAGGGUGUGGUUCGUAGAUGCUACGGGGGGCGAGAGGAUCAUCGUGUCUGCGGUGGAUGCUGCAAACUCUUUGCCUAUGCAGUCACGAAGGCUACCUAUAGGCAUGCCGGGUACUGGAACGGGGGCUAAGUAUCUGGUGAGUUAUGAUUCGGGAAAGCAAGAGAGGAUAUUUGUGCUGGGUUUUAGAAUGAAGGCGGAUACUGCGAGGGAUGUCUUGAACCAGUUCGCGCACCUUGGGUGAUGAAUCUCCUUCAUAUGUAUCACUACGAAUCGCACAUAUUUUAUUUUUGGAUACAAAUUUGAAUUCAUGGCGAAUAUAUUUGACAAC